AUGGCGACUCUAGUGCAGAUGGGUUCACCUCUUAUAUACAGUAAUGCCCUUGUGAAGACUACUCGACGUCCUAAGUAUUUUACAUGCACCUCAGUGGCCAAAAUUACACGGGGUGAUGAGUCGCCCAUGGUUCCUCGUCGUUCGGCCAACUAUCAGCCUUCUGUUUGGGACCAUAGCCAUCUCCUCUCCGCCAAGAAUAAAUAUGUGAAUGAUAAAAGUGUGAAAGCAAGAGAUUUGUUGAAGGAAAAGGUGAGAAAGAUGCUUGAUGAUGAGAAGAAUACUUAUCUCGACAAAUUAGAACUCAUUGAUGAUCUAGAAAAACUCGGGGUUUCUUACCAUUUUGAAAGGCAAAUAGCUAACAUUUUAGCAGUUUCUUAUCACAAAGAUAGAAGAAUCGUCAGGGAGUGUGACAUAGAAAAAGAUCUCCAUGCAACAGCACUCGAAUUCCGACUUUUCAGACAACAUGGUUUCAAUGUUUCAGAAGAUGUAUUUGAUGUUUUUAUGGAAGAUUGUGGGAACUUUGAGAGUGAAGAUAUAAAUGGUCUCAUUUCACUUUACGAAGCUUCAUAUCUUUCGACAAAAUCGGAUACUAAACUGCAAAAAAUCAUCAGAGAUUUUGCAACACGACAACUCAGAGACUUUGUGGAUACUCAUGAUGGUACUAAUUCCGAUUUUGAAUCUUGUGACGUCAAAGAGAUGGUGAUCCAAGCGUUAGAUAUGCCCUACUAUUGGCGAAUGAGAAGACUAGCAACGAGGUGGUACAUAGAUGUGUAUGGAAAGAGACAUAACAAGAACCGUGACUUGGUUGAAUUUGCCAAGAUCGAUUUCAAUAUCGUACAAGCUAUUUAUCAAGAAGAACUCAAAAACGUUUCCAGCUGGUGGAAAGAGACAUGUUUAGGUAAUCAACUUUACUUUGCAAGAGAUAGAAUCGUGGAGAAUUAUUUUUGGACUAUUGGACAGAUUCAAGAGCCUCAAUUUGGGAAUGUUGGACGAAUAAUGACUAAAGUUAACGCACUUCUUACAACGAUCGAUGACAUUUACGAUAUCUAUGGCACUCUUGAAGAACUUCAACUUUUCACUGUCGCGUUUGAAAAUUGGGACGUAAAUCGUCUAGAUGACCUCCCCGAGUACAUGAGGUUGUGUUUUCUUGUUGUGUACAAUGAAGUCAAUAUCAUUGGAUGUGAUAUUCUCAGAAGUAAAAAUAUCAACGUAAUACCUUACCUCAGAAAAUCUUGGGCAGAUGUAUGCAAAGCAUAUUUAACUGAAGCAAAGUGGUACAAAACAGGACACAAACCAAAUCUGAAAGAGUACAUGCAAAAUGCUUGGAUUUCAAUCUCAGCCCCAACGAUAUUUGUUCACUUCUACUGCGUAUUCUCCGACCAACUCUCUAUUCAGGUUUUGGAGACUUUGACCCAACACCAGCAAAAUGUUGUCCGAAGCUCUGCCUCCGUGUUCCGUCUAGCCAACGACCUUGUAACUUCACCGUUGGCGAGAGGAGACGUACCUAAAUCGAUCGAGUGUUACAUGAAUGAGACUGGAGCUUCAGAGGAGGAAGCCCGUUCGUACGUUCGGCAGAUGAUCAAUGACUCGUGGGAUGAAAUGAAUUACGAGAUGAUAGCACAUACCUCUUCUCUACUCCAUCAUGAUUUUGUGGAAACUGUAAUGAAUUUGGCACGCAUGUCCCAGUGCAUGUAUCAAUAUGGCGAUGGACAUGGCUCUCCAGAAAAGGCCAAAAUCGUUGAACGUGUCAUGUCCUUACUCUUCAAUCCCGUUUCUUUAGAUUGA